GUCCUCGAAAGGACGCCGCAAAUUUCCACGUUAUCCCUUACAGGGUUUCUUGCACGCCCCAUCAAGCGGAAUAGCCCCCUUCUAGGAGCUCUACGCUGCCUCUCCCUCGGACCCCUGACACCUUCUUACAGCGAUGUAGUAUCAGAUCUGUCCUGCGAAGCCAUGCCAAGACUGGAACGUCUGCGCAUUUGCGAUGGAUUCGUGGAGCGCGGUGCAGCCCACCGCAUUGCCGGACUGCGCGGUGAGCUGUUGGACUUGCGAGAAGUUGAAUGGGACACAGGCUCUAGUCAUUGGACAGGGGAACUUUUAGACGUCAUUUGCGCUCUACAGGGUACCGUGCCGAGAGACCCGAUGAGACCACUAACCCAAGUCUCUGCCGUCGCUGACGCUCGGUGGCUCACAGAUAAAGCAAAGCUCAUAGCUCCUCGCCAGAUAGAAGUUCGACUGGCGCCAUCAAUGCGGGACGAGGUGCUCGAGAAGAGCAUUCGACCAGAUUUGCGUGCAGCUUGGACGCAAGGUCUGCCCUUGAGCGGUACACUUCACCGCCUUCGCUUGUCGGAGAGUCGAGCGUGGAGGCAGGAUUACUAUCCUACUCAGCCUGUUGAAAACGAGAGGGCUCAUUUUCAGCAGACCGACGAGUGGUGGAGGGACUGCGCUUUGUACUGCGCUGCUCGACUGGUGGAGGAAGUGAAAGAAGAGCACGAGGAGGGUGGGGAGGGUGGGCCUCUGAUGGUGGCGGCCAACAACGUGUUGCAGAAGAGGAGACAAAGGCGGAGUAAGCAGAGCCAGUAAGGAGAAGCCUUAGCGAUUGAUGCGAAGGCGAAGGCGCCACUCUUCUGUCGCUCAUAACUCGUUGAUUGCCUCGCUCCCCUGUUCCCACGACUGACUCACGGACCUAUCUAGCGUCUUCACGCUGCCGCACUCCAAGAAAGAGGAGAGUGUUGAGCUUUGGUUCGGCUAGACUAGCUUGCGCUCAGACCCCUUCUUUGCCCCUAUCUGGUCUCUUGAGCUCGAGUCUGUAUCUCCUUCAGCUUCCUCCCUUUUGAAUCAUCA